UUUGAAUAUUGUCUUUAAAGAAACUAUUUCUCACAAAUAAUUUGAAAAAAAAACCCCUAAUUUAAUAUCAAAAGUAAAAAAUAAAAAAAAAAAAUGCCUCGGUGCCCGGAGACCUAAAGGCAGUAGAACAAUAAACAUGGGUUAACAAACAUGUCCGUCUUCUUAACCAAACAAACAAAAGGGCAAACAAAGCGGGGGGAUCAUAUCUGUAAUUCAUGAACUAGUAAGUGAAAGUUUUAAGUUCGGGUUCGGUUGGCCGAGGGCUUCAAAGGCUAUUAACAUCAUCAUCAUCAUAUAGGUAGUAGUGGAGCUCAUUACUGCAUUUUGCCAUGGACAAAAUAUCGGCUGCUUGUGCCAUGGAAUGGAGCAUCCAGCUGGACAAGGCUCUUCGCUCCAGUAACCCAGCUCUAGCAGUUGAGACCAUUUUACAGACUGGCCCAAGACUGGAGCAGUGGGGUCAAGAACCAGAAGCAACUAAGGCACUAUGCUCCAUCUUCGGUUUAGUCCCUGGCGAGGAUAGGCUGUUUGCCAACGCUAUACUUUUAAGGCUUGCAGACGCAUUUCGCUUCGGUGAUAAAAAAAUCAGGUUAUCUGUUGUCAGAAUUUUCUUGACAAGUAUCAGGUGUAAUAGAAGCAAAAAACUUGGGAAGCAAAAGAGACGAACUUUUCUAAAUAGCAGAGUGUAUAACCAUGAAGAACUUUUGAGGAGAGUGAAGGUUGUUUUUGACACAGGUGAUGUUGAGUCGAGAGCAAUGGCUUUAGUUCUUUUUGGUUGUUGGGCUGAUUUUGCAAAAGAUAGUGCUGAGAUACGAUACUUGGUACUCUCCAGUAUGGUCUCUUCUAAUAUUUUGGAGGUGAAAGCAUCAUUGUUUGCUGCCAGUAGGUUUUGUGAGUUAACAGAUGACUUUGCAUCUGUUGUCUUGGAGAUGAUGGUGAAUAUGAUGGCUUCACCAGAAACACUGCCAGCUGUAAGGUUGGGAGGGGCAAGUGUUUUUACUAGAAUGGUUUGCUCAUAUUCAGUUUCAAAAAGAGCUUACAAGACAGGUAUUAAGCUGGUGUUAGAUUCUUCAGAAGAGAAUUUCAUCAUUGCCAUGCUGGUUUCACUCUCAAAACUUGUUUCCAAGUCAACAAGUCUUAUUUCUGAACAGGUGGAUGUGCUUUUGCCAUAUCUUAGCCAGGAAAAUAGUUGGCAGAUGAGAGAAACAGCAUUAAAGUGCUUACAUCUUCUUUUUGUAAAAGAAGGGUGUUGCUCUCCUGUUAAUAUGCAUGUGAUUAAAGCGGUAUUCAGCAUACUACAUGAACUGGAACUUCCAUCAGUCAUGCAUUGUGGAGCUCUUCAGAUUUUACAUAAGAUCUUUUUGUUAACACUACCUAAUCUCCCUUCUUUUGAGAAGCUUGAAUUUGAUCAUCUAUUAGCCAUUCUAGAAAAUGCUGCCCAGUCCCCAAUCAUGUCGAAGUGCCUUGCAGCUCUUCGAAUUCUUACAGAUAUAUCAAGCAAACUUUGGGCAAGAAAAAAUAGUGAAUCUUUUGCUGUUUAUUCCUCACCUCUGCCAUUGCGGGUCAUCUCUUUAGUUAUGGCACAGCUCAGAUCACUGGUGAUGCAAUUACCUGAUCCUUGCCAGACUAGUUCCAGAAUAUUUCAUGAAAUUAAAAGCCUGCUCAAGCUUAUUCUUCAGCUUGUUGGGGAACAUCCAGAUUUGGGUGCAACAGUGCUGGGUGAAAUCGGUUCAUUUAUCAAAUAUUUUGGAACUCCAAAUGAAAAUGUUCUGGCUAGUAAACACAUUGCUUCAUCUGAGGUCCUUGACUUUGAGGGAGAUAUGUACCAAGCCUUCAGGUCCAAGCUUUUAUCUCACAUACACAGAUUCGUGGCUACCUGUCUUCAAAUUCUCAAUGAAGCUGGUGCAAUCACUACCAAUGUCUUUGACAAAGUACAACUUCUGGUGAAGCAUUUACAUCAUGGCAGGAUAUUUGAUUGCUAUACACGGACUGUUUACUCUUUACUUUUGCAUUCUCGUCUUUUUGGAAUUCUUAUUGAACACCCAUUUAAGCAGGAACUUGCCACCCUUGAGCAUGCCUGCAAGAUGUUAUCAGAGAGGGAUAACUGGCAUUCCUAUAAAGCAGGAAUAUAUGCAACAAAUCAGGGAGCAUGGAUUACAGCAACUUUUAUUUUUGCAGAGCUAAUGUCAAGAGUUCAGUCUGAGUCCUGUUAUUGCUGGUUUAAAUCAUUAGUUCAGUUUUCCCAUUCUGAGGCAAAACUCUGGCUUAGUCCUUUGGCAAAGCAAGGGUCUUUCUUAGAGGGUUCAGUGGGCACAAAUGAACUCCUUGCUUUUUUGAAAGAUAAUUUUGGAGAACUAGGACAAGAUGCUGCAGGGAAUGACGAUGUGCCUAAUUAUAGGGAUGUACUAGUUGGGGCAUAUAAAAAUGUAUGUUCUUCAAUAGAAACAUUAGAAAGAGUUAUCAUAUCCAGAAAAGCAUUCUGUUUUCAGAGAUGGUUUUUUUCUCUCAGGGCAAAGUUACUUGGGGCUGUAGGGGAGAUCCUUGAAGUGUUGGAUACAUCUAAGCAGGAAACUUUUAGCAUCAUAAUUGAAGUUCAGAACAGUGCUUUGACUAACAUUAAAUGUCUAGAAAAAUUCACUCAGUUUUCUUGCCGACUGAACAGACUAGCCAAGGAAUUCAAUCUGAUAAACUCAUCUUUCAUCGGUAUGGACUGUGAGAGUUUGAAAAUCAUUGCAAGACUUGCACUUAGUUGUUCAUUAUUGGCCUUUAGUGCAGGAUUCCCUCAUUUCUUUCCCAAUCUUCCUGCUUAUAAAUAUUUAAGAACUUGUGUACGAGAGCACUCACAGCAGAGUAAUUUAAGUUCAAUGUUACUGCAAGAUUUGCUUGGCCGUUUAUUGCACAUUGACCAUGAGGUCAGCAUGGAUCUCUGUAAACUUUUAGAUAAUGGAGGAUGUCCCACAAAAUGUUCGCACCUGCAGUCCGGAAAUUAUAUAUUAAAAAGUGGACAUGAGGUAAAGGAUAUACUCGAUAUAAUAAGGUAUGCAGUUUCCACUGUGAUGCAUUUGCAAAUUGAGACAAACAGGAUACAGAAUGAGGCAAUCAUAUCCCAUGUUACAAAGAAUGGGGUAGAACUUCUAUUGGAAAUUAGUAGGAAAUGGCUUCAAAUUCCAUUCCAGAUGCCAAAGCAGUUUUUUAAUACAAGGCCUAUAAUUGGUUCAGAGCUUUUUGUCUACAGUACAGAUAGCAGAAAUCAAAGUCAGAUUACUGUGUCAUCAGGCCUUCACCUCUCACUAAAUCUCUGUCUUCAACUGAGAAAUGCCUCACCUGAAUUGUCACUUGGAUUGACCAAGUUGUACUGCAUUCUUUAUAGCAGAGUGUCUUUUCAGAAGCAGUCCCACAGGGAAAGAAACAAUGAAGAAAUGGAAUCGCAGUGUCAACCUUGGGAAAGUGAGGAGAUAGUAGAAAUGAAUGAGAAGUUAUUUCAGUAUGUAACAGAGUGUGCAAAGAAGACGACUAGUUAUGGUAAGCGUUUCAGGGAUGAUGAUAUGAAUGAUGAUCAGAUGGUGUAUGAAUUUGUGUGUUUUGAACCAAAUGCUAAAGGGCAAGGAUUCUCAAGUUGUGUACUUGAUGUAUCUCAUUUUCCAGUGGGUUGUUAUAGAGUAGAAUGGUAUAGUUGUUGUAUUGACAAUGAAGGAUCUUACUGGAGUCUUCUGCCGUUGAACUCUAGACCUGUAUUUACAGUGCAGGAAUCUCUCUUUGUUUGAUCUUGUGGUGAGUCUAUUCAUUGCUUCAUUUUUUAUUUA